UCUCGUUUAGCCCAAGAGCGCUGUGCAGCUUCACCCGCGCAGAGUAGGCGCUCUGGUGCUUGCCGAGGACGCUCCACUCCUCGGGUGCACUGAUCUUUCCGAUCCUGCCAUUGGAGCAGCUAGACUGCCAGCCUUGGCUGCUCCAUCGGCCUGCCUGUCUCUUACCUGCGAUUGCACAUGAACUUUUCUUCCUUCUUCUGGCACACCGUUGUCGUCGGAGUCGUCGAGAUCGUCGUGGUGCUCGCGUGAUGGCCUUCGUCCGUUUAGAAUAGUGUAGUUAGUUAGGGGCCACCGAAGAAGAAAGAAGAUGCGAAUAGUGCAGAGAUGCUGGAGGUGGUCAGUUACUAUGCUAGAGUAAGAUAGUGGAGCAAGAGAAGCCAAACCUAUCCGGGGGCGCACGGUCGUCCGGAGGAGGUCGACUCGCCGGCGCUUGCUACCGCGCCGAGCUCCCUCCGUCCCUCCCUCCGCCGAGGCGCGAGAUUGCGGCGCGCAGCGCAGCGCAGCGCACUGACUGCCGCGGGCUCCGCUGGGCGAUUGCAGCCGAGUCCGUUUCUCGUCUAGCUGCCGCCGCGGCGACCGCUGCCUUGCCUUCCUCCCGGACGCUUGUGGGUUAUCAGCUAAUAUCCAUGAGCAUCUGUAGGCCAACCAUCACUGUCCUUCAAAAAUAAUUAAAGGAUGGCAUAAUGAAUUCGAUCUGUUAAUUUCUUCUCAAUUUUAAACUUUGGUUGCUUAAGACUAAAGCAAUCAUGGUGAACCUGAGGAAAGCGGUGCACUCGUUCCUUGUGCACCUAAUUGGCCUAUUGGUUUGGCAAUGUGAUAUUUCUGUGAGCCCAGUAGCAGCUAUAGUAACUGACAUUUUCAAUACCUCCGAUGGUGGACGCUUCAAAUUCCCAGACGGGGUACAAAACUGGCCAGCACUUUCAAUCGUCAUAAUAAUAAUCCUGACUAUAGGUGGCAACAUUCUCGUGAUCAUGGCAGUAAGCUUGGAAAAGAAACUGCACAAUGCCACCAAUUACUUCUUAAUGUCCCUAGCCAUUGCUGAUAUGCUGGUGGGACUACUUGUCAUGCCGCUGUCUCUGCUUGCAAUUCUUUAUGAUUAUGUCUGGCCACUACCUAGAUAUUUGUGCCCCGUCUGGAUUUCUUUAGAUGUUUUAUUUUCUACAGCGUCCAUCAUGCACCUCUGCGCUAUCUCGCUGGAUCGGUAUGUAGCAAUACGUAAUCCUAUUGAGCAUAGCCGUUUCAAUUCACGGACUAAGGCCAUCAUGAAGAUUGCUAUUGUUUGGGCAAUUUCUUUAGGUGUGUCAGUUCCUAUCCCAGUGAUUGGACUGAGAGAUGAGGACAAGGUGUUCGUCAACAACACCACCUGCGUGCUGAAUGACCCAAAUUUCGUUCUUAUCGGGUCCUUCGUAGCUUUCUUCAUACCGCUGACGAUCAUGGUGAUUACGUACUGUCUGACGAUCCACGUCCUUCGCCGACAAGCUCUGAUGCUACUGCACGGCCACACCGAGGAACCGCCGGGAAUAAGCCUGGAUUUCCUGAAGUGCUGCAAGAGGAAUGCCGCAGACGAGGAGAACUCUGCAAACCCUAAUCAGGAUUUGAACCCACGCCGAAGAAAGAAGAAAGAGAGACGGCCUAGGGGCACCAUGCAGGCUAUCAACAACGAACGGAAAGCCUCGAAAGUCCUUGGCAUCGUUUUCUUUGUGUUUCUGAUCAUGUGGUGCCCGUUCUUUAUUACUAAUAUUCUGUCGGUUCUUUGUGAGAAGGCUUGUAAUCAAAAGCUCAUGGAAAAGCUUCUGAAUGUGUUUGUUUGGAUUGGCUAUGUUUGUUCAGGAAUUAAUCCUCUGGUGUACACUCUUUUCAACAAAGUUUACCGAAGGGCUUUCUCCAACUAUUUGCGCUGCAAUUAUAAGGCAGAAAAAAAGCCUCCGGUCAGACAGAUCCCGAGAGUUGCUGCCACUGCUUUGUCUGGGAGGGAGCUUAACGUUAACAUUUACCGGCACACCAACGAACCGGUGAUUAAGAAAGCUGAUGACAAAGAGCCCGGUAUAGAGAUGCAAGUUGAGAAUUUGGAGCUCCCAGUUAAUCCCUCCAAUGUGGUCAGUGAAAGGAUUAGUAGUGUGUAAGAAAGAGCAGCACAGUCUUUUCCUACAGCGAAGCUACCAAUGUAGGAAAUUGCUCUAUAAUUCUUCUGUCGGUCAUAACUAAUGUAAAUAUUGCAGUCUGAAAAAAGUGUUUUUAUAUAUAGCUUUGCAAUCCUGUACUUUACAAUCAUGCUUACAAUGGUGAGAUUUAGAGUUCUAUAUUUACUGUUUAUAAGAGAUUGAGAAUAACUUAUUUUGAUUGUUUGAUGCAAAAAUGUUGAUUUUUUUCCCCUUCCUUCCUUCCUCCCACCUUCCCUCCCUCUCUUUCUUUCUCAUUCUCUCUCUCUCUUUUUCUUUUAUGCAUAAGGAAAUGUUGAUGUUCAUCUCAGGAGGCAUUUGCAGGAGACCAGAAUGAUGCACGUGACAGUGGUUAUAUUUCAACCACACCAAAAUUGAACAAAUUCGGUGAAAUCUUUUUUCCAGGUUAACAGUAAAUAUGCACUUUAAAAUCUUGCUCUGCUCAUCUACACACAUAAAUACAGUAAGAUAGGUUCUGCCUGCUGAUACUCUAUCACACCUAUUAGUGAGUUAAAGGCGGAACUUAGCCUUGUUGUCACAUGUAGGGGAAAUUUUGACAUUGUCACAAUGUUGUGGUGAUAUUUUACUGCAAUGUCUGUCCCCAAACAUAGUGGUAUUCUAACAUAGCAGCUAGUUAACCAGGACUACAGAAGUGGAAGGCUGAUACGAGAUAUAUACACCAAUAAUACCUUUUCACUUCUUAAGAACAAUAUUCAAAUUCUGAUUAUAAUGACAAGCAAACUGGAAUUAGUGUUUUCAUUCUGGUCCUUAGUAAAUACCUAAUUCCAUGAUUCACCUGGGAAACGAGAUCCCAGAGUUAUUUCCCAAUCCAGGAGUCAACAUCAAUUGGGUUUUGAUCUCAGAAUCCUGGAAAUUCGUGUGCUACACACAAAGUGAAAUUAGCAUGUGAGCCUUAUGAAAUUAUUUUCUUAAUUAUGGUACCUCUAUCUAUAGGACCUAAUUUAGCAGUCCAUUUUUGAGUAAAACUUGUGUUGGAAGUAUAGAUGAUCAAAACUUUGAAAGUUUUACUUGAUUAAGGACUACAGAACUGGGCCCUUAGAAUGUGAAAAAAAAAAAAAAGGUAAUUAAAAAGAAGCUUUUACUGAACUCUGGGAAAAACAGAAAUACAGAGUUUCCAUUUGGAUUUUAAAGAAAAUUUAUCUCAUUUUCAGAUCCUUCCAAACUCUCUAGUGCAGGGAAAGGCUGCGGCUAAUUUGUGAAAGUGGCAAGCUCUUUACUGUACUGCAAUUAUGUACCAGAAGUUUCAAUCUUUGUUAAAAUAUAGUGUUGUGUAAUAAGUGUUGGCCAUCGUUUCAUUCGUAGGCCUGCUGCUCUCUAAGAAUUCAGUACCAUUUUACUAGUUUGUUAACCGUGAAAGGUUUUCAAACAUUGCUAAAGUCAGACCAUUAAGUCUAUGCUGUGUGCAGAGUAUACACGUGUUCCCAGUAAUUGUAUUUCCAUGUGUGUCCAUUUCACACAACUGUGAAUCAAUUUCCGAAGAAUGCAUAAUGCUGUUCCUUACACCUGACAGUUACUUACGCAUCUUAGAGUGUGCCUCUCAGUAUCUUGAAAUUGGUGGAGGCAGAAUCUGAAUUUCUAAAAACCCCUGGUGUGUGUCCUCAACACACAGCAUAGAUAAAUCCAACAGUCUGCCACAAAGGCAGUGGGAGAGCUGCUGUAUUUGAGGAAACUCAUACAGUCCCUACGUGAUUUGCAACACUGCCAAAUGCCAGUCAAUUGCUUGAGCAUGCCCAAAUAUAACAUGAAAGUAAAGUCUACCUGCCUAUUAGCUCAGAUGAACUGCAUGUUAAAACAAUUAUGUGAAAUUGAAUGAAAUGAUCUAAUUCUUAGCGAAAUGAAAAUGUCUGAAGAAACACAGCAUGCACUGAGCAUGCCUUCUGCGCAUACAGAUGGCAUCCUGCAUGUAUGCCAUGUAUGUUGCAUAAAUCCAUCGAUUUGUAUUAAUGUAAGGCAGAGUAGGUGAUCUAAGAAGGACUGAAAUCCUUCAGCAGUCUUUAAAAAGACCAUGCAUUCAGAUCUGAAGAAUUGUGAGUAUUAGAGAAAACUGGAAACAUCUGAUUUCUUUUCUGAAGUAUCAGGGCAAGCUCAUAGCACAUGUUUUACAAAGAAAUAAAAUAUAAACCACAGAUUUUCAAAAGCACUAGCAAUAAGUUGAAUGAUAAUAGCUUAUAGCACAUUUGUUAAUAAUUCUUAUGUCAUCAGUAGUAGUACUUAAUAGUACCCAACACAGUAAUUUUCCUCAAAUUGUGUGCUAUUCGUAAGUUCUGUGCAGUUUGGUAUGAAACAAGUAUCUCAUUUGGAUAUCAAUCUUACAGUUCAAUGUUAAAUCUACAAACUUUUAUAAAUGUUUUAAAGUCCAUGUGACAAGUGUAAAUGUGGUGAAUUUAUUGUCAAAUAAAUCAUUUUGAUGUACUAUUAUAUAUGUAUAUCUGUUUAAGACACGUGCAACAGACUGCCUUAUAUUAUUUCCUGUAAAUCUUCCUUCAUCAAGUGGUACUUUUGUGAGCGGUUGCAAAGUGUUGUCUUAUUCCCGGUUCCUGUAUGUUAUCCAUUCCAGAUUUUUGUGAUACUUCCUAUUAAUUUAUUAAAUUUAUUAAAUGUUG